AUGUUCUCCCGGCUUUACCUUGUGGCCAUCCUGCUCUUCACUGGGAAGGGAACUCCCGUCCUCGCCAGCUUUUGCAUUCUCCUGGUCCGAUACUUUGUUACUAGGUCCUCGACGGCCACAAACCGAAGCCUCAAGCAGAGAAUUGAGCGCAGAGACAUCGACAAGGAACGUCAGGCCCUCUUCGAUAUCGCCGGGUCUUCUGUGUACCGUCAAGAGUCCAACCUUUUCCAAAUCGGACGCCACCUGGGCCCGACCUGGGAGGCCCUGUCUGAAAAGGCAAAGGCGCUAAGCGUUCCGAUCCCUCUCAACUGGCGCGACGGGCUCGCCAUGACUUUAAACUCUCUGCUGACAAUGGGUCCAACAAUUAUGAAGCUUGCUAUCGUUGUCAAGCCGUCCGUCGGUAUGCGUCUUAGCUCUAUCAAGAUAACGGACGACGCUACAGACUGGAUCUCGAUAAGCUUCAAUGGCUCAGGCAAGACGACACUCUUACGUCUACUUCUGGGCCUAAUGGGAAUGGAGGGCACGGCUGGUGUCCUCCAGAUCAAUGGACUCCCCGUCGACCAAUACAAGGCAUCGACUCUGUUCAACCGCAUGAGCUGCUGUUUCCAGGAGCAUGCCAAGUUCCCAGAGUCAUUACGCUUCAACCUUGGCGUUGGGGACAUUGACCGGUUCGACAAUGACGAUGCCCUUGUGUCUGCAGCCAAGACAGGCGGCAUCGAGUACUUACAAGAGGAGCUCGGUGGUUUAGACCGCCAGCUCAACCCCACAGACGUACGGGACAUGGACGGGAAGGACAGAAACGAGGGUAAAGAGAACAAGGGCGAAGACGAGAGCGGCAAGACUGCAGAGGUCAACAAGGAAGACGAGACUAAGGAAACCAACGAGAAGGAGGAUGACAAGAAGAAGAAGAAGAAGAAGAAGGAGGAUCUCAGGAAACGGUCCGCAGCUUCUCUCAGCCGCGGGCAGUGGCAGCGCAUUGCCAUUGGUCGCGCGUUCCUUAAGACCGAGAUUAACGGUGGUGUUGACCUUUGCGUGUACGACGAGCCAACGGCCAGCCUCGACCCAGUCGCCGAGCACGACCUGAUGGAACGCAUCUCGUCACUUUCCAGAGCGGCUCGGAGGCGCAUCACGACCAUCUUUGUAUCUCAUCGUCUUGCCAGCGUCCGCCGUGCUGACCAGAUCGCCUUCAUGGAGAAGGGGCGUAUUGUGGAGUUGGGAACGCAUGCGGAGCUCCUCGCCCUCAAGGGCAAGUACUACCAGUUCUGGGAGCUCCAGAGCAAGGCGUACCAGGACGACAGUGGCAGCGCCGACGGUCAUGAGCCUGCGACCGAAAAGCCAACUGGCGACAAGCGUCUUGCGGACGCCGGCUUUGUCAAGCCUAGUGAGGUGUAA